AUGGCCCGAACCGCGACGAGAAAUCCUAGAAGACGUUAUAGACGGCGGCGAGAGGUCGAAAGAGAUAGCGAUGCGGGAUCGUCGACGGAUAACAAUGGCUUCCAAGCUUUGCAGAGUGACACUGGAUCAUGUUGUACUCCAAAGGGGAAAGGGUUCAAAAUAUCAGAGAUUUCGGCUUGUCCGCCGGCUCCGAUGAAACCCAAAGUUGCUCCGAAGAUGUCGUUGAGUACUAGGACCUUCAUUGCUUCACAAGAUGUGGAGAUCUUCUUCUUCCUUGCAUUUCAAAAAUGUCAUUAG